CAAAGAAAAAGAAGAUAAAAAGGGAGCAUAACCGGCCACCAGCCUUAUCCAAACACCCACGUGUGUAUAUGUCUGUCCAUCCAUCCACCAGACCAUAAAAUCAAGAAACUUCCAUUAACUCAAUGCCCCCAAACAAAGAAUAAAAAGAAACAGUAGAUGACGAAGGAGAUGGAGGCGGUUCACAGCUUCUUCUUCCUUCUUGCUCUGGGUUUCUUCUUCUUACUGUGGAGAGCUUUGGUUUGGGUUUGGUUUAAACCCAAGAGAUUUGAGAGGAUCCUGAAACAGCCAGGCCUUAAGGGCAACCCUUACAGAGUCCUCUCAGGGGACAUGAAAGACCUUGCCACCAUGACAAGUGAUGCCACUUCUAAACCCAUGAAUCUCUCUGAUGAUUACAUUGCCCCCAGAAUCAUCCCCAUUUAUCUUCAUCUAAUCAACACAUAUGGUAAGAAUUGCUAUGUGUGGAUGGGUCCAAGUCCUAUGGUGCUCAUCACAGAUCCUGGUUUGGUAAAGGAGAUUCUCCAUAAACAUAAUUUGUUUCAGAAGCCUCAAAGCAACCCACUGGCAAGGAAGUUAGCACUAGGAGUAGCCAGCCUGGAGAAAGAUAAAUGGGAAAAACACAGAAGGUUGAUCAAUCCUGCCUUCUACACUGAGAAGCUCAAGGUGACAAUGGUCAUGUACGAGUCGCUAAGGCUAUACCCGCCAGUAGCUGAUGUGGCUAGGAGGACGGUGGAGGAGACGAAAGUGGGGGACAUAGUUUUUCCUCCAGGGGUAAUGUUGUCAUUACCAAUACUUCUUCUGCAUCUUGACAUCUUGACACUGAGAUAUGGGGUGAAGAUGCAAAAGAGUUCAAACCAGGCAGGUUUAAUGAAGGGGUAGUGGCAGCAACAAAAGGUAAAAACGCCU